AUGGUGAACCACCAGGUCCCACAUUCGGCGGCUGAGGUGCAGAAUCAGGCUCCUGAGGCGCAGCAUUCGGCGCCCGAGGUCCCACAUUCGGCGGCUGAGGUGCAGAAUCAGGCGCCUGAGGCACAGCAUUCGGCGCCUGAGGUGCCGAAUCGGGCGCCUUGCAGCAGCUGCCUGCCGCUGGCUGCUGCGGGCUGCUGGCCGCUGAACCACCAGGUCCCACAUUCGGCGACUGAGGUGCAGAAUCAGGCGCCUGAGGCGCAGCAUUCGGCGCCUGAGGUCCCACAUUCGGCGGCUGAGGUGCAGAAUCAGGCUCCUGAGGCGCAGCAUUCGGCGCCCGAGGUCCCACAUUCGGCGGCUGAGGUGCAGAAUCAGGCUCCUGAGGCGCAGCAUUCGGCGCCCGAGGUCCCACAUUCGGCGGCUGAGGUGCAGAAUCAGGCGCCUGAGGCGCAGCAUUCGGCGCCCGAGGUCCCACAUUCGGCGGCUGAGGUGCAGAAUCAGGCGCCUGAGGCGCAGCAUUCGGCGCCCGAGGUGCCGAAUCGGGCGCCUCGCUGCAGCUGCCUGCCGCUGGCUGCUGCGGGCUGCUGGCUGCUGCGGGCUGCUGGAUGCUGA